AGAAAUCGGUUCAUGCUGUGGAAGUGGGAGCAGCGCAUUUAAGAACCGGGGCAUGUCCUGAACGAGCCUCGGUUCCCUUUUUUUUUGGGUUGCGUCUCGAGCAUUUUCUCGUCUUUUGCACUCGACUCCUCGACGUCCGUUUCGCGACAAUCCCCGGAUCCCUUGCGACACGAUGGCGACGACCCCUGUCACCGAGAAACAGGAGGUUUCUGCGACCAACGAAGUCGCAGACUCCCAAAACGAUGCCGGAUCGACGGUGACGUCUCCCAAGGACGAGGGAGAGGAGGAGGUGGAGGGCGGCUUCUCGAGCUUUGUUCGAGUCUUCCACUAUGGCCGACCGAUCGAUUACGUCCUUCUCUCCAUUGGCAUCGCCGCCGCCGUGGGGUCUGGUGUCGCUCUCGCCAUGGUCAACCUCGUCAUCGGUAAAUUCAUCUCCCUGAUGAACGACUACACCACCGGCAGCAAUCCGCCCGACAACUACAUGAAGGAAGUUUCCAAAUACGCUCUUUACUACGUCUACAUCGGAAUCGCUCGACUCGUCUUGACUUACAUCUAUUCGACCCUGCUGACUUAUGUCGCCCUCAACCUCACUCGCAACCUGCGCCACCAAUAUCUUCGCGCUGCCCUCGGCCAGGAGGUGAGCUUCUUCGACCAAGGCGAGGGAGGCUCCAUCUCCAUGCAAGCCACCUCUAACGGAAGACUUGUCCAGUCAGGCAUGUCUGAGAAGCUGGGUCAGAUUUUCCAGGCCAUUGCAACCUUUGUCGGCGCAUUCGUCAUUGCCUUCAUUAGUCAAUGGAAACUGACCCUGAUCCUCAUCUGCAUUUUGCCCGCGCUUCUCAUCAUUGUCUUCAUCACUGGAGGCAUUGACGCCGGGAUCGAAACGCAGGUCCUGAAGAUUUAUGCUCAGGCUGGCGCUUACGCCGAGUCUGUCCUCGGCAGCGUGCGAACCACCCACGCUUUCAGCCUUGGUCCCAGGAUGAGCGACAAGUACACCAAAUACUUGGAAGACGCGAGAAUUCUGGGCUACAAGAAGAACUUGUUGUAUGGCAUCAUGUUCGGCGGCGAAUACUUUGUCAUUUUCGCUGGCAUGGGCUUGGCUUUCUGGCAGGGUAUUACUAUGAUCGCCCGAGGAGAAGUUGAGAGCAUCGGUACAGUUUUUACCGUUCUUUUCUCCGUCAUUAUCGCCGCCUCGACUCUCAACUCUAUCGUCCCUCACAUGGUGACCUUCAGCCGCGCUGCUACGGCAGCCGCCGAACUCUUUGUGCUGAUUGACCGAAAGUCGGAAAUCAACCCCUUUGACGAGUCCGGCGACAAGCCUGCAGAUACUGCCGGAGAAAUCGAGUUAGAAGGCGUCACCUUCAGUUAUCCCACCCGACCUGACGUUCGUGUGUUAGAAGACUUUUCACUACGAGUCCCCGCCGGCAAAGUCACUGCCCUUGUUGGACCUAGCGGAUCUGGAAAGAGUACAAUCGUCGGCCUCAUGGAAAGAUGGUACAACCCAAGCGAAGGCAGCAUCAAGCUAGACGGCAAAAGUAUUGACCAGCUCAACCUGCGAUGGCUCCGCACCAAUGUUCGACUGGUGCAGCAAGAGCCCGUCCUUUUCAACGGCACCGUCUUUGACAACAUCUCCAAUGGACUCGUCGGAACGCAGUGGGAGGCUGAAUCACGAGAACAGAAACUUGGACGUGUGCAAGCAGCUGCCAAGAAGGCCUUUGCAGAUGACUUCAUCCAAGGCCUUCCUGAAGGAUACGACACCCGCAUUGGCGAGAGAGGAGGUCUUUUGUCUGGUGGCCAGAAGCAGAGAAUCGCCAUUGCCCGCUCCAUCGUCUCGGAACCCAAGAUUCUUCUCCUCGACGAAGCCACCAGCGCUCUGGAUCCUCACGCCGAGGGCAUCGUGCAAAAGGCUCUUGACGAGGCUUCCAAGAACCGAACCACCAUCACCAUCGCUCACAAGCUCAAGACCAUCCAAGGCGCCGACAACAUUGUUGUUAUGAAGCAGGGCAAAAUCGUCGAGCAAGGACGCCACGACGAGCUCGUCGCUCGCGACGGCGAAUACGCUACGCUUGUCAACGCACAGGACUUGUCUACCGAAAAGGCCGAGGAUGCCACCGAGGAGAGCUCAGAGGAAGAUGAAGAGAUUCUAUCAGUCAAGCAGACUCAGUCUCUGGUCAGGCAAAAGACGGCUGAUGUUGAGAACUUUGAGGCUUUCAAGAACCGUGAAGAUUUCAACGUCGCUCCUCGCACCGGUGUGAUCACGACCAUUUGGAAGCUCGUGAGGGCUACACCUGAGCUAAACAGAUGCUAUGGAAUCGUUGGUUUGGCGUGUCUAGCUGGCGCUGGAUUGUACCCUGGUCAAACGGUUCUUAUCGGCAAGGUUUUGGACGUCUUUGGGUCAGACGACAUGCAAAAACGCGGCAACUUCAUCUCCCUAAUGUUUUUCGUCAUGGCAUGCGGUCUUUUGGUCGUCUACUGUGUCUUGGGUUGGACUACCAACAUCGUUGCUCAGACUUUCAGCAAGAAGAUUCGCAGCGACAUGUUCAGCGCCUUCUUGCGACAAGACCUCCGAUUCUUUGAUCGCCCUGAAAACACCGUCGGCGCCUUGACAAGCCAUAUUGACUCUUACGCCCAGGCCAUCUUUGAACUGAUGGGAUUCAACAUUUCUUUGAUCAUUUUCUGCGUGUCGAACGUGGUCGUCUGUAGCAUUCUGUCCAUCGUUGUCUCGUGGAAGCUGGGUCUUGUCGGUGUCUUCGCUGGAAUCCCUCCGCUACUCGGCGCGGGAUACGUCAGGAUCCGCAUUGAGACCAAGAUGGACUCCGAUAUUGACGAGAAGUUCUCUCAGAGCGCUUCGGUGGCAUCGGAGACGGUUACCGCAAUCCGAACUGUGUCGUCCCUCGCCAUUGAGGAGGACGUUCUGCGCAGAUACACUCACGAGCUCGACACAGCCAUCAGUCAAGCAAAGGCCCCUCUGUUCAACAUGAUGAUCUGGUUCUCCUUCACCCAAUCAGUCGAGUACUUCAUCCUCGCCCUGGGCUUCUGGUGGGGAUCCAAACUGGUUUCCAACGGCGAGAUUUCUUUCUACCAGUUCAUUGUCUCCUUCAUGGGAGUCUACUUCUCUGGUCAGGCAGCUGGUCAGCUGUUCAGCUUCGCAGGCAGUUUCACCCAAGCCAACUCGGCAGCCAACUACUACUUUUGGAUUUGCGGUCUUGAGCCCACGAUCCAUGAGACUGAGGAGAACAUCAAGAAGGUCCCCAAGGAGGGAUGCAAUUCUUACAAGUUCCAAGAUGUCGAGUUCUCGUACCCGCUUGCGCCGGACAACCGUGUUCUGAAGGGAGUGUCCCUCAAUGUUGAACCUGGCCAAUUUGUCGCUUUUGUGGGAGCUUCAGGUUGUGGAAAGAGCACGAUGAUUGCUCUCCUCGAACGAUUUUAUGACCCAACUAGUGGCUCCAUCAUCAUCGAUGGUAGCGACUCCCUGAGCGACCUCAACCCGCGUGCUUAUCGCAGCAGAGUGGCGCUCGUUCAGCAGGAGCCGACUCUUUUCCCGGGCAGCAUCCGUGAAAAUAUCUCCAUGGGUAUCGACAUGGAUGUUGCUAACAAGGAGGAUGGCCCGGUUACUGUGGACGAUAAGAUGAUCGAGGAAGCUUGCCGUGCCGCGAACGCAUGGGACUUUGUCAGUUCAUUGCCAGAAGGUCUCGCAACUCCUUGCGGAACUGGUGGUAGUCAGCUCUCCGGAGGUCAGCGACAGCGCAUUGCCAUCGCGCGUGCUCUCAUUCGCAACCCGAGUGUCAUUUUGCUCGAUGAGGCAACGAGUGCGUUGGACACCGAGUCGGAGAGAGUUGUGCAGGCGGCCCUCAUGGAAGCAUCGUCCACUGGCAAGAGAAUCACCGUCGCAGUUGCUCAUCGUCUGUCAACGGUGCGGACAGCGCACCGUAUUUUUGUCUUCUACGGUGGUCGAAUCGUGGAAGCGGGUACACAUUCCGAGCUUAUUGCUCAGGGAGGAAUGUAUAAUAAGAUGUGUGAGGCUCAGAGCUUGGAUGGUUCUACACAAUAAGCCUCCUCAUUUUCAUGACGGGCAUCCGUGGUUUAUUUACCGCGCUGGCUAAAAUUGGGAUAUCUAGAAUAAAGAGGUCACUCAGGAGUGCCUUAAACUAAAAGUAACGACUAUUCAAUAAUACACAACCAUCAAGAU